GCUGGUUCGACUUUUACCCCAGGUGGUCCCCCUUUGACUCGCACAGCAGGUUUUAUAAAUGUGUCACCUCGUGUGUAUAAAUGGCUGGGGUGGGGACCUCUGCCCCUUCCCCCACUUCCUUCGCUGCGUUUUGGAUUUUCUUAGUUUUUGUGGGUCACUCCCAAAGGCCCGCUUGGAUUCGCCGGGGAGGAAAGCCAGUUCAAGAGAGGAAGGUUUAAGUUCAGCCAGACCCUACGAUUCGCGGCCAGUCUUUAAGUCCCUGGUAGAACUGACCCGUGUGGCUGCGUGAUGCACACCCGGGGAACUUGUGAAACGGGGUGACAAUAAUACAAUUACUGGACAACAAUAAUUAAGUGUCAUUAGUGACACAUCUCAGCUAAAAGGUGGAGGCGCCAGCGGUACUUCCUGUUUGGUGAAGCAGACCGGUCCCAGGUCUCCUGGCAUCGUGGGUGUUUUGAACUGGGCUGGCCUCCCGUCCUGGAGAGCAGGACGAGUCUGAGGGGAGUGUGGCCUGAAAGCAGCUCCGGGUGCCUCGAGGGCGAGGGCCCGGCAGCCGCUGCACCCACUCUGCCCAGCAACCUGGGUGUCCCCUAGGUGCAGUCCCUGUCGGUUUAGUGCCUGUUUGACUAAUCAUGCACGUUCUUCUUUUCCUUCAGUGGACUUUAUGCCGUAGAAGUAUUUUCUUGCCCCAGUUCUGGUAGAAUCUAGCCACUGUUCUAGAAGAAAAUGUCCUGCCCCAGUGCAGUUUCCUUAGAAUUGCGGGAUGCUGCUCAAAACUGCUCCUGUGGAGAGCUUUGUCUGCUGUUUGGAUCAGACAGAGCGUUUGGGGGUGUUGUCUGAACUCUGCCAAGGAGGGGAGAAGGCGGUUAUGAAGAGAGAGCACAUCACCCUCCAGCCUGUGACAUAACUGGGGGCAGGGGGCAGAGGGCUCCCCAUUGCCAUCGCCUGGUGGCGGAAACCUGGAGGACACUAGUCAGUUCAGCUGCGUCACUGGUGCUUUUAUUUGAGAACAAACUCUGUUACAGGUAACAUCCUCACAGUCCUCCAGGAACAGCGCCGAGGUUUAUACUCACGUUGUCACUGUGCACCCUUGCCUUCUAGGCAAUCAAAUGGUGAAGAAGAGGAAAGCCUAAGGCCCUUGAAGAGAGAACCUUGUCCUAAUUCUUCUCGGGGUCGGCAUAAACCAGCACGAUGGACUGGGGUACCCUGCACACUUUCAUCGGGGGUGUGAACAAGCACUCCACCAGCAUCGGGAAGGUGUGGAUCACUGUCAUCUUCAUUUUCCGUGUCAUGAUCCUUGUAGUGGCUGCUCAAGAAGUGUGGGGUGACGAACAGGAUGAUUUUGUCUGCAACACUCUGCAACCCGGAUGCAAAAACGUGUGCUAUGAUCACUUUUUCCCCGUGUCCCACAUCCGGCUGUGGGCCCUGCAGCUCAUCUUCGUCUCCACCCCGGCCCUGCUGGUAGCCAUGCAUGUCGCCUACUACAGACAUGAGACCGCCCGCAAGUUUAGGCGAGGAGAGAAGAGGAAUGAAUUCAAAGACUUAGAAGACAUCAAAAAGCAGAAAGUUCGGAUAGAGGGCUCCCUGUGGUGGACAUACACCAGCAGCAUCUUUUUCCGGAUCAUCUUUGAGGCAGCCUUCAUGUACGUGUUUUACUUCCUUUACAAUGGGUACCACCUGCCCUGGGUGCUGAAAUGUGGGAUCGACCCUUGCCCCAAUCUUGUCGACUGCUUUAUUUCUAGACCUACUGAGAAAACUGUGUUUACCGUUUUUAUGAUCUCUGCCUCUGUGAUAUGCAUGCUGCUUAAUGUGGCCGAGUUGUGUUACCUGCUGCUGAAAGUAUGUUUUAGGAGAUCAAAAAGAGGAGAGACCCAAAGAAAUCACCCCAAUCAUGCCCUAAAAGAGAGUAAGCAAAAUGAAAUGAAUGAGCUGAUUUCAGAUAGUGGUCAAAAUGCAACCACAGGUUUUCCAAGUUAAACAUUUCAAAAUUCAAUGUAACUGACUCAUAACAAAACUGUUGUGUUCUCCUGAAGGCAGUCGCAGCCUGAAGACCCCCUCUGGGCUGAAAACUUUGUCUUUAUAAAUAGUUUUCAUAAUACAUAGAUACUUGAGUUAACUUUUUGUAGAAUAAUUGUGCCAUUAAUAUGCAACAUAAUCACAUAUGUGGGCCAUCUCUGAAAACUAAGACGGGAUGACAACUGUGCCUUGAGUAGCUCUAACACGUGCAAGUGGGCUGUCUGACAUAGUGGGUAUUUCCUGAAAAUUUAAGUAGGCUACUGUUGUUGAUAAAAAACAUUUAUGUAGAAAUUGAUACUUUUAUUAGUAAAAGAUUUUUUAUAGGAUUGAAUGUUUUAGUUCUGACUUUGAAUUUAUGUAUUUUUAUAAUGACUGGUCUUCCUUACCUGGAAAAACAUACCAUGUUAAUUUUAGAAUUGUACCAUAAGUAUCUAAAUUUUGAACUUACAGAGGGUCUAUCUUGUUGUAAAUAUUGUUUUGAAUUGUCUAUUGACAAAUGUAUGAACUAUCUUGAUACUCUUAAGGUGGAACGUGUUCAUCAUACCAUGUGUUUUUACUGCUUUAUCAAUGUCGACCGAGCUGUGUAGAAGCGGGAAGCUUUUUAAAACUAGCCUAUUUCAGUCAUUGUGAACAGCUGACACGUGAAUAUGGUCGCCUCAAUAAAGAUCAGCCCCAUUGCUUAAGCCUU